GAAACUCACCCUUCACAUAUUCUUCUAUUUUCCAUUUUCCAAUCAAAGUAGCAUUACACAAUAUGGCUGGAGCACGUCUUAACUUUGCAUUUUACUUUGUUGUUGUCCUAGCUGCAACUACUGUUACUAUGUCUCGUUCACCAAAGCUGCAAGCAAUGGGUGCGCGCGAUAUGUCAGUUGAUAUUGUAGCGAUUGAACAAAAAUUAAUUCCGGUUGGUGAUAUAAUAACUUGCUUGAAAAGAUGCUACGUGCAAAGUGAUUGCAACGAUGGAUGGCUUUGUACAGAUUGCGCGAAUGAUGCAUUUGAUCAAGGUGGAAAGCAUUGCGACAAGUUUACUGCUUCUGGACAAGGAUAUUUCGCCAUGCUCACUCGUAGUCAAGCUAAUUAAGGAGGCUGGUCAUGAAUUUGCAGUUUACUGCUGCAAAUUGAAUGAAGAAAUAAGUUCGUUGCUUUAUGUUAUGUUAUGUUUGUUAAGUUCACUGCAUGUGUUAAGU